AGUAGUAGUAGUAGUAGUAGUAGUAGUAGUAGUAGUAGUAGUAGUAGUAGUAGUAGUAGUAGUAGUAGUAGUAGUAGUAGUAGUAGUAGUAGUAGUAGUAGUAGUAGUAGUAGUAGUAGUAGUAGUAGUAGUAGUAGUAGUAGUAGUAGUAGUAGUAGUAGUAGUAGUAGUAGUAGUAGUAGUAGUAGUAGUAGUAGUAGUAGUAGUAGUAGUAGUAGUAGUAGUAGUAGUAGUAGUAGUAGUAGUAGUAGUAGUAGUAGUAGUAGUAGUAGUAGUAGUAGUAGUAGUAGUAGUAGUAGUAGUAGUAGUAGUAGUAGUAGUAGUAGUAGUAGUAGUAGUAGUAGUAGUAGUAGUAGUAGUAGUAGUAGUAGUAGUAGUAGUAGUAGUAGUAGUAGUAGUAGUAGUAGUAGUAGUAGUAGUAGUAGUAGUAGUAGUAGUAGUAGUAGUAGUAGUAGUAGUAGUAGUAGUAGUAGUAGUAGUAGUAGUAGUAGUAGUAGUAGUAGUAGUAGUAGUAGUAGUAGUAGUAGUAGUAGUAGUAGUAGUAGUAGUAGUAGUAGUAGUAGUAGUAGUAGUAGUAGUAGUAGUAGUAGUAGUAGUAGUAGUAGUAGUAGUAGUAGUAGUAGUAGUAGUAGUAGUAGUAGUAGUAGUAGUAGUAGUAGUAGUAGUAGUAGUAGUAGUAGUAGUAGUAGUAGUAGUAGUAGUAGUAGUAGUAGUAGUAGUAGUAGUAGUAGUAGUAGUAGUAGUAGUAGUAGUAGUAGUAGUAGUAGUAGUAGUAGUAGUAUUACAUUAUCAUUACAAUCAUCACAACGAGAGAUGCGCCAAUAA